GUGUGUGUGUGUGUGUUACAGCAAAUUUUGAAACAGCACAGCACUCAAACCUUAAAAAAUGUAUACAAGGCAAACCUUUAUAAUGAGUUGGAGUAGAUAAACUGAUAAAUUUACAAAAAUGGAUUAUCUUCAGGCACAAGUCUUGUCCCCGUACUAAAUGUGCCGUUCUUUCAAAAUCAUGGGCUCCCACCUGUCUGAAACUGAAAGAGUUUGUUGUAUCUCCACGUGUAUUAUCUAACCAAUCUGAAUAUAUCGUAUCCUCAUACAAGUCUCUAAGAAUCAAACAAAGGAGCCUCUAUAAUACUUAUAUCACUAACUUUAUCAACAUUGGCAUUCCUUGCAUCAUGAGGGAUGCCUUUCCCACAGAGGGAAAACAGUUGUUAUCAGAUAGUUUUGUUUUGUUUUGUUUUUUUAUUCUAAGUUAUUCCGGAAUGCUGGUUAAAUGGACCCUGAACCGCCUCCUACUUAUUUACAUUUCAAAUUAGUCAGGAUAUCAUUUCAGAGACAAAGCUAAUCCCAGUUACAGUUAGUUAGUGUACAUAGUGACUUCUUUUAAAGAUGGACUGUGAGCAUUUUGGAGUUUACAUUUUUACGCACACGGGUAACAAUUUCAACUAAAUCUAUUAUUUUCUCCUACACACCACCUCCAGAGCAACCCUAACCCUGACUUUUUCCCCCAAUUUCCUACACUCUCAACCGUCUCGCAGUAAAAAAGGGUCAAGCGACCAGUUAAAACGCAAAGUGUAUAAUUUUAUAGCUCUCUCCUAACGGGGCUCCUGGUGCCGGUGUCGAGACGACAAUGCGCAAGCAGCAGUGCCGCGCACGGAUCAGUUUCAUUCUUUGUCAGUUGUGUAUAGGGGCGGAGGAAGCAAACUCAUUAGGAUCCUAUAAAAAGAAAGUAUCUGAGAUCAUAAAACACCCGGCAGCGGGACGAAGCGCUCACUCACAGCCAGACAGAGACACAGUGGAAACCUCUCGUCGAGUUUCCUGCUGACCCCCACAGCAUCAGCAUUUUAACAGAUUCACUUCUUCAUUGUUUCCCUUCCACACUGGGCUCUCUGUGGUUUUUUUCCCCCCAGAUAACCGUGUCGAUGGCAGUCAUUCUUCUUAAUAUCUGAUUUUCUCUAACAAAGUCGUGAUCUCAACGCCACUCAGUCGGGCAAGCGUGGACACUGACAGGGCGCGCACUUCCCAUUGAGAAACUUCAUUUUUUUUGCGGCAAAAAAAGUUAUUUAAGCGGUUAAGAUUUUUUUUUUAUUUCAGUAUUUUUUUUUUUCAAGGAUGCUCGUCUUAACGUGGAAUAGAUGCUGUGUUGUGAUGUUUCUCGUUGCUACACUGAAGACGGGAACAUCCCAGGUAUCAGAGGCGCGCCCCAAGGCGAACUCCAUCAAGCCAGUUCUGUUGGAAGAGACACCUACUCCCGCUACAAACCGCUCCACCACUGUCCACAGCAGGACCACCAAGAAAUUUAACAUCCUUGCGCAGCAGGUGUAUCCAUGCAGCAAUGAUAAGGAGUGCAGUGUGGGGAGCUACUGCCACAGCCCUCAACAGGCUGCCUCUCGCUGCCUGACUUGCCGGAGGAGGAAGAAGCGUUGCAGUCGGGACGCUAUGUGCUGUCCUGGGAACCGCUGCAGUAACUUUAUUUGUGUCCCUAUCUCCGAAAGUGUGCUGUCACCUCACAUCUCAGCUUUAGAUGAACAUAACAAGCUCUCCACCAAAGACCACAACUGGAGGAAGAGUGGGAAGGCGCAUGCUAAGCAUUCUCUUAAAGGGCAUGAGGGUGACCCUUGCCUGCGUUCAUCCGAUUGCUCGGAGGGCUACUGCUGCGCCCGCCAUUUCUGGACCAAAAUCUGCAAGCCAGUUCUGAGGCAGGGAGAGGUGUGCACCAAGCAGAGGAAGAAAGGCUCUCAUGGCCUGGAAAUCUUCCAGCGCUGUGACUGUGCCAAGGGCCUUUCCUGCAAGGUGUGGAAAGACGCCACCUCCUCAUCCAAGUCCAGGCUCCACAUGUGCCAGAAGAUCUGAAGUGGAGGCAGCUGCUGUCCGAGUAGAAGCCUCUGGCUCCAUCUGCCAGGGAAUGUUUUUUAAAGAAUGGGUUGUGGCUGUAUUGAAAGGAGUAAAAGACAGAGACUAAGAAGAGACAGAACUGAUUGUGCGGGUUCAAGCUCGCUAUUCGGCAAGUGGUCAGAGAAUGGGAUUGCUUUAAUGUGAUUGCUGUGAGUGGUCCAUCCCUGCACCCACAUACAAACAUGCACGCUCUCACACACACAAGCACACAUACACCUCAUGAGUUUGUGAGAUCGAUGAGCUCAUGUCGUGCUUUCUCAUUAAAAGGACAAGCCUUAUAUGCAUUCAGGGAGCCACAAAGUUAGCCAGUAGAUGCUGUGAUAGGUGUGGACCUUUUCUAGAUGGAGGCGACAGACGUAGCAGUCUUUCAUCAAGCUUCAGCCUAAAUAAUAAGACAGAUUUAGACUAUUUACAGACAAGCCAUAUUUCUACUGCACAGUACAAUCUUUCCCAAACUCUAAAGUCAAAGCUCAGAUUUGUUAUCUCCUGUGUUUCAUUACUGGAUCUGAACUUCUCUGAACGUCUUGAUGUGUUGUCUGUUUUGUCAAAUCUUAGUAUCUUCAUCUUCAUGUUGUUUGUUUAAGUCUUGAAGAUUUCAGCAAUUUGCAACCAGUAACAAUGUCCAGACCCACCGAAUACCAGUCAUAUCAUAUGAAGAACUAAUUGCAUACACUCUUUACUCCAGAGCUUGACUUGUGUACUGCAGCAUCCUGAGACUUCAAUGCGAUGCAUGAUACUCUUAAACCAAAGAAUGCAAGAACAUUUACAUCAGAGUGAUGAGUUUCAUCUGGGACAUUAGCUCCUUACCCGAUUUUUAGCCACAACAAGAGAGAUAAUGUAUUAUGUCCGUUGUGGAAGUGUCUUUUGAUCUGGCAGAUACAGCUGCAGGCUAUUGUGAUACAACUGUGUGGGUUAAAACAGUUGCUCGUGGUAGUGCUCUACUGCAGACUUAGUGGUUCCGAUACCAGAGAGAGAAUGGCUCUGCUUUUCCAAUCACGUGAACAGGGUUCAAGAAAACGAUGGAAGUGCAAUUUUUUCCGUUUACAAAGGCAGUAGGAAUGAAGAUGCAAGGAGAUUGAUUAGACUUAGAAAAACGCUCCAUAGACCUGAUGUUUUCAAAGAGAAUCUCAGUUCAAAUCAACAUUUUGUUGAUGGCACACAGCCCUGUUUACUUUCCAGCUUUUCAAUUAUGACUGCAUUCAUUCUUCUCAUGUAAUGCUGGGCAGUUUUAUUGUACUGGAGGGGAAGCAAUGUUUUUUCAGUACAACUUCUUUAAACAACCACUUGUUGCUUACAUAGUCAAUAUAACAUCACAUUUGCUUCUUUUUGCUUUCAUGUUUUUAGAGCAUCAACUACACAAAUUUUGUAACCAUUUAAAAUAUCAAUAAGCUCUUAUAUUGUAAAUAGAUUGAAAACAAUGAAAAUGUAUUUAAGAAUCAAUGUAUAUCAUGUACAUACAAUAAAAAUAUGAAUCUUAAAUGUUACAGCAAAAUGAUCUAGGUGAGAAGAGUAAUGAGGGAUGAAAUAGGAUGAGCACAGCUGGACAGAUUUGAAAUAAUGUAGCUGAAAUUAUAAAAGCUGUGUGUGUAAGCAAAUGGGAAAGGCAUAGAUAGCGUUGACUGAUAUUACAGAUUGCAUCGAAAGGGUGAAUCCAAAAGGAGAAACAAGCCCAUUCUUUACCAGAAUAGAUUGUGUAAAUGGUGUGUAAAUGGUGUCAAGAUUUAUAUCCAACUAAAUAUUGUUUGUGUUAAUACUUCGCCUUGAUUUGUUUUGUGUAUUUACAGUGAUGAAUGAAUAAAAGAAUGUAUUUUGUA